ACGUUUUUUUUGUCAUUCAUGUUCCACUUUCAUUUCCUCGACAUCUUAUCUCUCCUUGUUUUUUAUUUUCCAAGUAGCUGUAUUGGAUAUAGUAGUGUAUAUAUAUACUCCCCUGCCUCUCUCCGCCUUCUAUCUUCCUUUUGUCUGAGCAGAGCAGCCAAAGAAAGCCAGACCCAGAAACAGGGGAAAGAUAGGGAUGGAGAGCUACGAGCAGCAAAUUAAGUCCAAGGUGUUAAAGGUCAACUCUUUACAGACAUGGGAUUCAUACCUCAACCAGACCCACCCUGAAGGGCAGGUGAUUGUGCAUUUCACAGCUUCGUGGUGCAUGCCGUCGGUGGUGAUGAGCCCUUUCUUCGAGGAGCUGGCUUUGACUUACCCAGAUGCCAUUUUUCUUGUUGUGGAUGUCGAUGAAGUUAAGGAGGUGGCUGCGAAGUUGGAGGUGAAGGCCAUGCCUACUUUUGUGUUGAUCAAGGAUGGGAAUCCAGCUGACAAGAUUGUUGGAGCCAAUCCGGAUGAGAUAAGGAAAAGGGUUGAUGGUUUCAUCCGGUCUUGUUCUAGCCCAUUUUGAAGUUGAAGACCUAAGCUUUGUGUUGGAAUCCGUGGGUUUGUUUCUGGAAAAAGGAUUUCUUUGCUAUAUACUUAUGAACUUGUAGAUUAUAUUUGUGGCUUGUAGUAAUGUUUCUUCACUUCACUACCAUAACCAAUGUAAAUUAUGCAAGAGUUAAUUGGGUUUUUUUUAUAGCUUUCGUUGAUGGAGAUGAUUCAUGGAUUUUCUUAUAGCUUCUAAUUGAUUCAAAGAUCUAUUGGUUCAAAG